GCUUCUCGCGCUCUUUACGUCGGUACCCAGGGAGUAGGCGUUUCCGGCCAUUCAUACUCCUAGGCUUUUUGGACUUGGGUGGUCGCGUUUUGUGCGCUAUCCGACCGAAAGAGUGCCGGCGCUGCUAGGAUGAAGCUCGUAAGAUUUUUGAUGAAAUUGAGUCAUGAAACUGUAACCAUUGAAUUAAAGAAUGGAACACAGGUCCAUGGAACAAUCACAGGUGUAGAUGUCAGCAUGAACACACAUCUUAAAGCAGUGAAAAUGACUUUGAAGAAUAGAGAACCAGUACAACUGGAAACACUGAGUAUUCGAGGAAAUAACAUUCGAUAUUUUAUUCUGCCAGACAGCUUACCUCUGGAUACAUUACUUGUGGAUGUUGAACCGAAGGUGAAAUCUAAGAAAAGGGAAGCUGUUGCAGGAAGAGGCCGAGGCCGAGGAAGAGGAAGAGGACGUGGUCGGGGUAGAGGAAGAGGGGGUCCUAGGCGAUAAUGUCUCUCAAGAUUACUAUUUCAAAGUGAUACGUGAUUUGGAAUAUUUUUUGUACAGGCUUUGUUUAUGUCAGUUUUUAAUAAACAUAAAUGUAGGA